CCUCCCAUAGAGCUUCUUCUUGUUCUUCUUUUGCUGCGGGAUGGGCAUUAUUUGUCUCUUUCUCGGAGGGAAUGAUGAACUCAGGGCCUGGACUUAUCUCUCCUUGAGGAACUGCGAGGAUUUUGGAAAUUUCGUUUUGGUUCGUCUUGUUCUUAUGCUUUGCGUAUAAGAAGAGAGUUUCAUGCAAAAUUUAUCGUGCUCUCUGUUGUCCACAGAUUUAUGGAAAGUCUUCAUUUAUUCCUGAGGUGUGGGCAUUAGGUGUUUGGAGUGACCAGUGUUUUGAGCAUUAUGGCCACUGGAUUGACUGCUAAAAUUCGAUUGGUUAAGUGUCCUAGAUGUCAUCGGCUUCUUCCGGAGUUGCCUGAUAUUCCUGUUUACAAAUGUGGUGGAUGUGAUGCAAUUCUUGUAGCUAAAAGUCAAAGAGAGAGUUCUCACGACACGGAAUUGGGCUCACAAAACAGGGAUUCUGCCCAGAGGCGUGAAGUUGACCCCCUUUCUGUGGAGAGGCAGCCUAGCAUUUCAAACCACGAAGCAAUUAUUCCACCCCAUGACGAGUCUACUUCUGGCUUAAACAAUGGUAGAGAUGCAAAUGAAUCUGGAGAAAGGAGUAACGAGGAGCUUGUUCAUUCAUCUUUGAGCGUGCAAAGGAAUGCUAGAAAUGAUGAUGGAUCUCAUCAUGAGAAUGACGAACUCUCUGAUGGAGAUCUCUUAAAAGCAGAGGUAGCUAGCAUUUCUUCAUCGAGUCAUGAAGCUAUUAAUUCAUCUUCUGGUGAGUAUGUCGUAGAUCCUGAUGUUGAGGAGGUCCAAGAUGAAUCUGGAGAUAGUUGCCUCGAGCAUCUUGUUCAUAGGAAGUUGGAUGAACGCCAAAGCUAUGCUGGAAACAACAAUGAAUCUCGUGCUGGUAAUGGUGAGCUCCCAUGCAGAGAUGCUCCAGAACCAGAGGAAUAUAGCAUUUCAAGUCAUGAAGCAACUAUCCCAUCCUCGAGUGCGAAGGAUCGGAAGGAAUCUGCAGGUGUUAGUCAAGAGCAGCUGGCUCAUAUUAAGUCAAGUGAAUGUCUAAAGAAUGCUAGAAGCAAUGGUGAAUCUCAGGCUUGCCACGACGAGCAGCUGAGCUGCUCAAAUCAAUCCUAUUCUAGAACUGAAUUUGCUUCUCAUGAGAAUGAUGAACUCUCAGGACCAGAUCCUACAAAAGCAAUAGAAACUAGCACUUCAAGUCAUGAAGUAAUAACCGUCCCAUUCUCGGGCGAGUCUGUUUCGGAUCCAAAUGAUGACAAAGAUCAAAAGGAAGAAGAAGACAACCAUAGUGAGGAACUUGUUCAGGUAUCUUUGAAUGAAGGUGUUAAUCGUGAAAAUGACAAGCUCUCGAGUCGAGACCCUUCAGAAGAUGAAAGGCUUGAUGAGAUCUUACUGUCAGGAGAAGGAAGUCCAGAAGCUGAUGAUAGGAAGGAGAUUCAUUCUAAUUUAGCAACCUCAGGUAAUUUGAUUGCUGUAGCUACGAGUUCGAUUAUUUAUCCCGAUACAAAAGUAGGGACAAGUAAUUCAUCUAAGAAUCUUUCUCCUCUUGCUGAACGAGCAGAGGCACCUGAGGAAACUAUUAGCCAUGAUUUUGAUCAUCACAUUCCUGUAGAAAAUUUUGGAUGUAUGGAAGUGAAUCAAUGCUCUGAACCUAGUGGUGCCCUUCCUGGUAUGGUCAAAUCUUUAACAACCAAAAGUUACUUAGCAUACGAUGGAAUGGAUGAUCGGUUCUCGGACCGUCAUCGACGUUCAUUAAAGAACACUCAUGAAGCCGUGAACUUUCUUUCCACUGUAGAAGGUCCAAGAAGGCAAGAGUCGUUGAUGAAAAACAACGCAGUGGUGAGAGAUUCUGACAUUCCAAUUGAAGCAGGGAGUUCCCAGGAAAUUUUGCCUCACGAAAAGCAUUACGACGUAGCAUACCUUGAAAGGAAUGAAAACGAUAUGCUGCAACAUAGAAGACAUGGUAUUUCAAUGCAAAGUAGAAGCAGGUUAAGACGAGAGAAAUACCAAAGUAAGUCGUUGUUGCUCAGAAGCAACCUCGAAGGUGACCGUGAAAAUGGCAGUGCUUCGAAUUCCACGAUCAACGAGCCCCAUGAUUCAAGAACGCAUUCAUCAGAAAAUUUUGUAGACCCUGAUGAGGAAAAGGUUAGAUUGUUGAGAAUGGUUUAUGAACUGCAGGAUCGGCUAGAGAAAAGCCGCAAUCUAAAUACGAACACCGGUGGACGGGUAUCCAUGGGAUCCGUGCAGAAGGAUACAUGGGCACCAAUGUACAACAAUCAACAGAUUUCUCAGGAGGAAAGCUGGCAUGAAUCAGAGCAUCCUUAUUACUUCCGAAGAAGUGGACCUCAAACUAAUUAUCCCGGACAACAUUCUUUGUCACGGAUGACUUCUGCUGCAAAGGCUGUCAGUGGUCCUCAAAAUAAUUGCUUCAGCAUGGAACAGUUCCCUGACAACAUCCCUCCCUCGAUGCAGCGGCGUUCAUCUGAAGUCUGGCAUAAUCGAGGGGCCCGUAUGGCGCAUAUCGAUCACGACUAUUAUAGUCAAUACAACUCAUGUGCAUCUAGUCCCCAACAUUUCCAUUGCACGCAGUUGUCUGCAAGGGGCAUUCAAACGCAGUCUGAUCAGUUGAGUCAUGGAAAUCUUGAGAUGAACUAUUUGAGAGAGAAAAGACAUUUGGCCAAGCAUCAUCUACGGCCUAUGGCUGGAGGCGCCCCUUUUAUAACUUGUUACCACUGCUUGAAGUUACUGCAGAUUCCAGCAGAAUUUCUCUUGGUGAAAAGGCAAUGCAGUCGGCUCAAGUGCGGUCAUUGCUCGAAGGUUCUCGAGUUUUCUCUUCGGAACCGAACGCAUAUUGUUCCAUAUAUACAGAAUGUUGCAGAACCCCCACCAUAUGAGGCUGAGGAACGCAAUGACUAUGCAGACAGAUGUGAUACAACAUUAAAAGUGUAUCAAGAAGAGACCGAUAAGUUGUCGUCCAAGUCAGUUCCCCUGCUUCAUCGGCUCAUGGGGUAUUCUUCUCCAAGCCAAGUCUUUAGAGGUUUAGAUGCAUCAAGAAGAAGCAUGCAGAGGGAAUACUAAGGUAGUGUUUGGUUGAAAGUCUUUAGAGCUGAGGAACUGAUGAAGCUGAAACGAUCGGGAUCUGCUAACGUUACAAUGCAUUACGAGCUCGACAAUGUUCUCCACUCUCUCCCACGUAGAAUAAUGUAUGUAAAAAUCCAUUACAGAUAUGAACUGAAGAGGGGUGUCAAUAUGUUCGUUAAUAAUAGAGACAGGAAUCAGUUAUGUAAAAGGCUAUGUAUAUUACAUUCUUGUUCAUAUGUAGAAGGGAAAAGACAAUUGUAUUUCACUAAUUG